AUGUCCACUAUGCUGCGUCAGAAUUUCCAAGAUGCCAUAAGGCUGAAAAAGGUUGGGUACCCUUGGUAUACAGGAAGAAUUGCCCCGAAUGAAGUGGGGGAACGGAACAACCUUUACCUGCAAAGGAAGAUAGGCGUGGAUGUCUCUCACCUGAAACUUAGUCCUGAUAUGGCAGGUUGGUUCAAGUGGCUCCCGUGGAAGUCGAGGCAAAGUUCAAGCUCUUCAAAAAGCCCACCGGACCACUCGUCUCCAUCUUCACCUUCUCCUCGUUUGGAGCGGGAUUCGAACUCUCUGGCCAGCAGUCGGGUGAACAGCCCCAAACUGACCUCCUGCACCUUCCCCGUAAACAUCAGCAGCUCAGAGAGCGCACGCUGGAACAAACUGUACGACGCAUGCAUCUGCCACAGUGAGGGAGACCUUGAAUUCGUGGAGCAGAUGGUCUCCUACUUGGAGAGCCAACCCGAGCGCUUCCGUUGCUUCCUUCAGUUGCGGGAUGCGGUCCCGGGGGGCGCCAUUGUUUCGGAGCUGUGCGAGGCGGUCCAGAACAGCCAUUGCUGGGUGCUGCUCAUCACGUCCAGCUUCCUCAAGGACCCUUGGUGCAUUUACCAAAUGCAUCAGGCCUUGAUGGAGGCACCGAUGGCCAACGGGCGCAUCAUCCCGGUGCUGAAGGGUGUUGACCGUAGGGACUAUCCAAGGGAACUUAAGUGCAUCUAUUACAUCAGUAUCACAGUCCAGGAAGAAGGCUUCAUGCAGGUCAAAGAGACAGUGAUGCGCUAUCUGCGGGAACUAUGUAAAAAUGCAUGCAGGAACAUGGACUAA